AUUCGUUGUUCGUCGUCGAUUGGUGAGCCGGGACGUCAAUUGGAUCCCAUCGUGCAACCUCAGCCCAGCCCCAAACUUUGACGCGACCUUCUCUUCCACUUCAACCAUCCAACCUUACUUAUUAAUCAUCUAUCCGCUGUUGCCUCUCGUCGUCGACGGCAUCCAUCUUCAUCCUCUGCCCAGCUCAUACAUGCACCACAUACACGACCGACCACGACCGGUCAUGAGCCAUCAUGCUGCACGAAUCCCAACUCCCGCGCUCUUGCGACCGCUGCCACGCUCUCAAGGAGCGCUGUCAGCGUCUCCCCGGCGCCUCCAAGUGUGACCGUUGCGACCGCUUGCAGCUUCCGUGCCAGUCCAACAGGCCCGUCAAGCGGCCUGGGCGACGGCCGCGGCCGUAUCAUCAUUUGCGCACCACCUCCAAGCCGGCCGUGUCCUCGACUCCAGCUUCAACCUCAACCGACUCUCUACCCACGCCUCCGGCAGAAGACAGGGACAAGGAAAAGUGGCACUCGCUCUGCUCCAGCUUGACCCGCCUUGCCGAUUCGCCCCCCAUUGAUGACGAUGUGCACGUCAUGCAGCGCAUCCUCUCCGAUGACUUCCUCCAGCAGUUUGUGCUGCCCAGCUUCUGCGACGCCCACCGCGAGAGCCUCGUCUCCCAGUUCUUUGCCGCCCGUUCCAUCGUCAAGGAUGCUUACGUGGCCUGCGCAAUUUCCAUGCCCGGCCCCGGGGAAGACGUGAGCGUGCCGCUCGACGAUAUGCGACUCGCCAGCAGCUACCGCAGGGCCACUGCUGCCUUGGCCAUCCUUCGCACCAUCAAAGUCAAAGGCGAGCACGACGUGCCGCUGUGCCUUGCAUUGGGCGCGGCGCUGCUUACGUUCGCGCUGCGUAUGGGUGGCUUCAACGCCCAUGCCAUAUGCAGCAACGUCCUCGGCAUGGCCAAAGACCUCUACGAGGCAAACCACGGCGCCAUCCCCGUCGACCUUGGCUUUCUCACAUGCCUCGUACUUACCGACACAUCAGAGUGCUUGCUCCGUGGAGGCGUCCCCACGUUGAAGCUUCGACCGGCUCCGGGCGUGGACCGCUACAUCGGGCUGUGCCAGACGCUGAUGCCGCACUAUUACGACCUCUGCGUGCUCAGCAACGAGAUGGCCCAACGCCGAGGGGAUGACGCGCUCGGGAAAUUGUGUGCCUUGGAGAGGAGCAUUAGCAACUGGCUACCCGACAUCCCGGACGACUUCGUCAACAGCUACUCGGCAACAGAGAUCUCGCGCAUGGCCUGCCAGGCAACCGUGUUGCAAACGGCUGCUUUGCUUGUCAUUCAUCGGCUACGGCAUCCGUUUGGCACUGAAGAAGACGCCGCGCGGGCCAUGUCCUCUAACGUACUCAAGCAGCUCGACGUCACACGCAUCAUUACUGGCCAGACGCCCCGCAGCAUCGACCUGGCGCUAACUGUGGCAUGCCUCGAGGUCGAAGACGCUGCCGAGCGUUGGGACCAUCUCCGCAAUGCCUCGUCAAUUGGCGUUUAUUCUGGCAUGUUCAGCAAGCGCGUGGCGGACUGGAUGACCAUGAUAUGGGAGGCGCGCCAGAUACACAGCCCUCUAUACUGGUAUGAUCUGGGCGCUAUAAGCAGAGCGCCAUCUUGAAACAUUUAGAGGGGUCUUCGUCAUUACUUCUUCACCAGAACUCAUCCAGGGGUCUAUUGCGGCAAUGUCAGCAUUGGCCAUUUCCAUCACGCCGCUGCGCGACGUCCAGACUGUUUUCAGCAGGGCAAGAAGCGUAAGACAUCGCGAUCAUCACAUACCCAGCAGCUCCAAAAACCCUCCGGGCGAUUUUGCGGGGAACCUUCCGGUCAGCGGGCCCCCCACUACUAGACCAAGAUCCCAUUCCGCAGAUCUCGGGUCCCUCUCGGCGAUCUAGCCAUGCUCUGAGCCGCCCUACCGGCGGGGCGGUUCUACCAUGAACACCUUUUUACGAGGGACUGGGCUCACGACUUGAUGGCUCGAAACCGGGCAAAUGAUGAAAGAAAUGAAACCCGUCGGAUGUCCGUGGCCUAACCAAGUGUUGGCUACUAUGUCGAUGAUGCCCCUCGGGGG